AGGAACAACACCAAUAGCUAACGGUUUUUUUUUUUUUUUUUUAGCUAAACAAGCUAGCAACCCGGUUUUUAAACUUAUCCAGAAUACAUUUCUUAACUUUGUCAUCAUUUCUAAUGUUAUGUGAGACUUUUUAAUAACACGAACGAGUCGUAUAAGUGUCGGUUUUUGUCGUAUUUGAUUGUUAGUUUGCUAAAAAUGUUUAGGUUUCUCUAAGAGCUUGCUAAUUAACUCCUAACCUGUAGCUAGCAAACUUAUCAGACUAGCAGUUCAUUUCCACCCAAAUACUCUUUAUUUAGUGUUUUUAGCCUUAACUAUUGAGUUAUUUAGUCGAACUGUUACUAAACCUAAUAAUGAUAAGCUUUAUAGAUAGCUAAUCUAGAAAUAAAAUCAGCAUUUGAACCAAUGUGUAGGCGAUAUUUUGCAUUUUAGAGGUGUUUCGAUAUGAUAGAUCACGGUAUGAUAUUCUCAUCAAAUAUAUCACGGUUUUAUUGUAUUAAGUAAAAAGUAGAAACUUAAUUUUUUAAAAUAUAAACCUGCUUAUGUUUUUUCCACAUUCUAAAGAUCCUAAUUAUUCAAGUUCUUUUUUUAAUUGUUUAUAGACUGCCUAAUAUAGAUAUGAUUUAAAGAAUUGUGCUGUCAAAGGAAACUAAUCAACAACAGGUUAUUUCCCAAUAACACCACAUCCUCCUGAAGUGUUUUGUUCCUCUUACACCACAGUCAUGUGCCAAUGAUUAUGAUUUGUUAUUUAUCAAAGAACAACACAUACUUUUUAUCUAUUUAUAGUUACGUGUAAGUUACGUUAUAGCAGCUGUAAAAAGGUCGUUCCUUCACAUCUUCUCUUUUUUUCUCUCACUUGACGUUAAUAAGACGAAAAAAAUCGCAGCUUGUCCUGUUACCAGGAAACCACGAAGGCGUAAACUCCUCUGUCCUGAAGAUGUCGGAAGACUUACGGACUGUUACAGAGCGCUGACGCUGGAGACUCCUUCCGUAAAACGUCUCAUUACAGAAAACGUCACCAUAUCAAGGAUUACACGCACUUUUUUAUCUGGAGAGUCCGCCGUGAAUGAGCUGUUACUAUAGCAACGCUCACGUAUUCGAACGAUCACGUUAAUAUAAUAUAAUAUAAUAUAAGCCUGGCACUACUGUCAACAUCUUCAGACCAAUUAGAAUUCAACAGCACCGUGAUAUGAUCUUUGUUAAUGAUUUGUAAUGAAAUAGCUCACGUUACUGACAGAAAAAAAGUUGUUUUGGUUGAUUUAUAUGGAGCCACGAUGCGAAUAGGUCUAAUAUGGCUGUAAUACGACAUGCGCUAACAGUGUGAGAUUAAUCACUGGGUUUAUACGAUGUCAAGGGAAGACGGUCUUCUGUGUAAAUGGCUUGAGUCUAAACCACGUACAUCCAGAAACUUUGCGAACUCCAGAUUCUCUCCUCUCGUCCGUACUACUGAACACCAAGAGAAACCCCUGAACAUGCCGCUCGGACUGGGCCGAAGGAAGAAGGCGUCUCCGCUGGUGGAAAACGAGGAAGCCGAGCCGAUCCGCGCCGGACUCAACGUCGAUGGACUCGACAGUGGGAGGGUUGGAAUCGCUGAAGGUGUGACACAGGAAGGUCUGCCUCCUCCGCCCACUAACCUGCGGCCUCGUCUCAUUUUUCACACCCAGCUGGCGCACGGCAGCCCGACAGGCCGCAUCGAGGGAUUCAGCAACGUCCGCGAGCUCUACUCCAAGAUCGGGGAAGCCUUCGGGAUCCCGCCGGCAGAGGUUAUGUUUUGCACACUGAACACCCACAAAGUGGACAUGGACAAGCUGCUGGGCGGCCAGAUCGGCCUGGAGGACUUUAUCUUCGCUCACGUGAAGGGCCAGAGGAAAGAAGUGGAGGUGUUCAAAGGCGAGGACGCUCUAGGACUCACGAUCACUGACAAUGGCGCCGGCUACGCGUUUAUUAAAAGAAUAAGAGAGGGCAGCAUCAUCCAUCAGAUCCAAAUCAUCAACGUCGGAGACAUGAUCGAGUCCAUCAACGGUCAGACGCUGAUCGGCUGUCGACACUACGAGGUCGCAAAGAUGCUCAAAGAAUUGCCGAGGGGGAAAAACUUCGUUUUGAAGCUGGUGGAACCGCUGAAGGCCUUUGAUAUGAUCAGUCAGCGGUCAGGGGGGAAAGCGGGGUCAGCGGUACAGCUGGGUACGGGCAGAGGGACGCUACGACUGAGAUCUAAAGGACCAGCAACGGUGGAGGAACUGCCCUCAGCGUUUGAAGAAAAGGCUAUCGCAAAAGUUGACGAUCUCCUGGAGAACUACAUGGGGAUACGAGACAGUGAGCUCGCUGCCACCAUGGUGGAGUUGGGCAAAGACAAAAAGAACCCGGACGAGUUUGCGGAGGCUUUGGAUGAGACGCUCGGCGACUUCGCCUUCCCGGACGAGUUUGUGUUUGACGUCUGGGGCGCCAUCGGUGAUGCCAAGGUCGGUCGGAUUUGAUCCUGAACACGGCGGAGUGAACAGGACUGAAAGGGAGGUGUUUAAGGGAGGUGGUGCUGCCACUGAGGACACUGCUACUACAAACUACACUACAGAGUGAGUUUUACACAAAAAAACCCUUCAGCUAUCUGCAUUCUGGACAUCCUCUGGGAGCGGGUUUAAUCCUUUUUAAUGCAAAAUAAUGAACUGCAUUGCUCUGACCCUGAUAUUGACUCCAGAAGGAAUUAAGCUAGCCCUUAAGACACUAAUGUGGAAUACACAUGUUGAAAUUUUCCCCGGUUUUGUUUCAGAUACUUCAGAUAAACGCUAGGAAAAGUCCCAAUCUGCACGUCGCACGUGUAAACCUCUCUCUCUCUCUCUCUCUCUCUCUCUCUGACUCUUUAUAAAACUGUGACGUUCACUUUGCACUGUUACACUGUACGAACUGCACUGCCACGCCGUGUUCACACUCCUUCCCCCAAACACACACUCGUAAACACACACACACCCCCCUUGUGCAUGCGCAGUGCAGUUCUGGACCACUUUAUGUGAUGUAAC